CCUCACCAAACUCCCUCUUUCUCUUUUUAAGAUUUCAAAUCGACUCCCCACUUUCGACUGAUCAAACGUCUUCGCUCUUCGAUAGACGAAAAUGGGUGGAGACAGAAAGAUCUUCACUUUAGCCGAGGUCGCUGCCCACAACAGCCCCAAAGACUGUUGGCUUGUCAUCGAGAACAAGGUAUAUGAUGUGACAAAGUUUUUGGAAGACCAUCCUGGUGGUGAUGAGGUCUUAUUGUCCGCUACAGGGAAGGAUGCAACCGAUGACUUUGAGGAUGUUGGCCACAGUACGAGUGCCAGAGCAAUGAUGGAUGAGUUCUACGUGGGCGAUAUCGAUUCAUCAACAAUCCCCAGCAAGACUACAUACACACCUCCAAAGCAACCUCACUACAACCAGGACAAGACACCGGAGUUCAUCAUAAAACUACUGCAGUUCCUUGUUCCCCUGCUAAUCUUGGGUUUGGCUGUCGGUGUCCGUUUCUAUACCAAAUCAGCAUCCGCUUGAGUAGUAAGGAUGCAAAAGAAAAAUGAGGAGACUCUUGAUAAUGUUCAAUAUCCCCAUGUCAUUUCCAUUUAUUUGAACUAUCUUACAUAUCAUGGGAUGGUAGGAUGUUUGCAUUUGAUGAUUAUUUGCUUGGUUUUUGCCUUUCAUCUUUUCUCUUAGCAAGAGUUGAUAUUGUUGCUUUUUUCUCUUCAGUAGUUUGCCAUUUGAUGAUCCUCCAAACUUGUACCGAUAAAGAAUCAAUGGUUUGCUUUGAAGAGCAAAAAUUAGAUGCUGUUAUCUGUUAAAGUUUU